AUGAACCAAAUCGAACAGAGCGGACCCAUUGAUUGCAGUUCCUUGAAAUUGGGGUCCCGAAAGUCCGCUCUGGCUAUAAUCCAGGCAGAAAUCGUCCGCCAAUUGAUAUUGAAAGAAUACCCUGAAUUGGAGACGAAGUUGGUCAGUGUGUCCACCCUGGGGGACCAAGUCCAGAAUAAAGCACUUUUCACGUUUGGAGGAAAAUCUUUGUGGACCAAAGAACUUGAGAUGUUGUUGUUGGAGAGUGUGGGAGGAUUUGACCAAAUAGACAUGAUUGUACACUCGUUGAAAGACAUGCCAACUCAUUUACCAGACGAAUUUGAGCUGGGUUGCAUUAUUGAAAGAGAAGACCCUAGAGACGCUUUGGUCGUGCAAGAUGGUUUAUCUUACAAGUCAUUGGCCGACCUUCCAGAGGGAGCUGUGGUCGGUACGUCUUCGGUUAGAAGAUCGGCUCAACUACUGAAGAAUUUCCCUCAUCUGAAAUUCAAAUCUGUUAGAGGAAACCUUCAGACCAGACUAAGAAAAUUAGAUGAUCCAGAUUCCGAGUACUGCUGUCUCCUCCUUGCAGCAGCCGGUUUAAUCAGGACAGGCUUACAACACAGAAUUUCAAUGUAUUUGAACGACGAUGUGAUGUACCACUCCGUCGGACAAGGAGCAUUAGGAGUAGAGAUCAGAAAAGGUGACCAAUUCAUGAAAAAUAUCUGUGAAAAGAUUGGGCAUAGAACCACCACCCUUCGUUGUCUUGCAGAGAGAGCACUGCUGAGAUAUCUAGAGGGAGGCUGCUCGGUGCCAAUUGGGGUCUCCACUAUUUAUAGCGAGGAUACGAAGGAACUUACCAUGAACUCCCUAGUCGUCAGUUGUAACGGUCGUGACUCGGUAACAGAAUCAAUGACUGAAGUCGUGACUACUGAAGAGCAAGCUGAAGAUUUCGGUGAAAGGCUGGCCCAGAAGCUCAUAGAUCAAGGUGCGAAACGCAUUCUUGACGAGAUCAACUUCAACAAGAUCAAAGAGAUUAAGGAAGAGGGUUUACAUUAA